AAACCACCGCAGCGAGCGACCUCGCCUCCUCCACUGCCGCCGCCGACGCCGCUCCGACCGACCGCCCCCACAGCCCUAACCUUAGCUCGCUGCCACGCGCGGGGGACGGGAGGGCCGGCCAUGCUCUCCACGGCGGCGCCCUCCCUCGCCGCCGCCGCCGCCUCGUUCCCGUCCCGCGCGCGCCGGCGGGGGGUCCUCGUCGCGGCGGCGGGUGCGGAUGGGGCGCCGGAGCGGCUCGUGGCGAGCAGCUGCAGCUCCAUCACCGACUACCUGCGGUACCGCCGCCCGGGGUCCGUCGGAGGUGGGGGCACCGGGGUGUGCGGCGGGGAGCUGCAGACGGCGGUGGUGCGCUACGAGAAGCGGUUCCCGUGGUCAAUCCUCCACCCCUUCCUCCAUGUUGAUUUGGUUUCUACUGUCCACAUUGCUGACAAAGAAUACUUCGAUAGGCUCCAGCAAGCACUUCGAGAUUAUGAUUGUGUCCUGUAUGAAAUGGUGACAAGCCGUGAGAACUUAAAAAAUCGGAAGGACCCAACAUUUGCAAAUAAGCUGAAAUCUUCACGUAGAGGAUUCAGUAUUCUUGGUUUCAUACAGAAGCAAAUGGCAAACAUCCUUUCGUUGGAUUACCAGCUUGAUUGCCUUGACUAUGGAAAUGAAAAAUGGCAGCAUGCUGACCUUGAUUUUGAGACAUUCAAGCAGCUCCAGAGUGAAAGAGGUGAAAGUCUUUUCACAUUUGCUGUGGACAUGACACUGAAAUCAACUAAAGCCUUGGUACAACCAACGUUACCUGAUGGUCUUGACUUUUGGAGGUCCAAGCUGCUUUGGGCCUCACGUGUUCUACCAAUGCCACUUGUUGGACUAUUCCUUAUCACUGGGCUUUGCUUGCCGGUCAGUGAUCAAGGUGGAUAUCCUGAGCUUGAAGCAUUGUCCAGACUAGAUUUUGGAGCUGCACUGAAGAUUUUUCUGGCUAAGCAAUUGACCUCCGAUUUCACAUCUAUGACCUCACCCAUUGAGGAAAAGUCAGUUAUCAUUGGGGAAAGGAACAGAGUUGCUACUGAGAAGAUACAGGAAGCAAUAAACCGAGGAUAUAAGAGAAUAGCUGUCCUUUAUGGAGGUGGGCAUAUGCCAGAUCUGGGAAGACGUCUUCAGGAAGAGCUCAAUAUGGUCCCAGCUGACGUGCAAUGGGUCACAGCAUGGUCAAUAAGAAGCCGGGAGCUAGACAGGGAAUCUCUUCCGUUCCUGAAGACCAUGGCUGAAGUCUCAGGGUGGCCUUUGAAUAGAUACGAGACACUUGCUCUGCUUAUCUUUUCUUCAGUUCUCGCGGUGGACCUUUGGUUCUGGGAGCUACUUGUGGGCACUGCUGUGAACUGGGCAUCUUUGGCUGGUUCAUGGAUUGAGCAAUUUAAUGGUCCAUUUUGACUAAAGAGGAGAAAACAAAAGAAAGAAAAACUUAGCAACAGAAUUGCCAGUGAAAAAUAGGAAAAUUGUCCAGUUGCUGCUGGAAUACUGCAACACGUUUGUAUAUAACCAUUUGUUGGAUCAAACUAAAACGAGA